AUGCCGGCUCAAAGUUACAAGAAGCUUGUUAUCGCUGUGGGCGGUACUUUUCCCAAUCUAAAACAAGCGGACUUGAAGUCGCUUAUCGAGAAAAAUGGAGCGACAUUCAGUGCCGCGGUCACGGAUGAUUGUACACAUCUGGUGACCACCGAGAAGGAUGUGGAGAAGCAGACCACCAAAUACAAACAAGCUUGCCAGCUCGCCAACUGUCACAUUGUCCCGCUUUCGUGGCUCCUUGAUUCAGACAAGGCAAAGAAACCGUUGGCGGAGUCGAAGUACUCCCUCGGCCAGGCUGAUCAGGCAUCCCAGGCAGACGACAAUGCGCAGACUGAGACUGCGGACAGUAUCGCAUCUCUUCCUGCAGAUAACAAGCGUAUUACCAGGAAGCGAGGUGCAGAUGCGGCUUCUGCCGAAAAUGAUGCCGACAAAACGACAAACGGCACCCAGAAGAAUGGAGCAAACGCUAAAGAUAAAUCCUCCGGCGAUAAAAAGGCCGCUGUCAAGAAUGAAGAUGUGGAUGAGAAUCCCAUUGAAAGCAAGAAGACCAAAGUCACCAAGGCGAAUGGUGCAAACGGCAAAGCUAAACCAUCCGAGGAUAAAAAGCCCGGAAGCAAGAAACGAGGCGCGGAUGAAGACACUGUUGAAAAUGCUUCCAAAAAAAAGACAAAGGACACGCAAAAGACAGCCACAAAGGCAAUUAAUGUCCCAAUCGACGAGGGCUUCGAGAGCCUGGGCAAACUGAAGGAUCCCAAGGUCUACAUUGACGAUGCAGGCCUCAUCUGGGAUGCCACCUUAAGCCAGACUGUGGCAGCCAACAAUGCGAACAAAUUCUAUCGUGUCCAAUUGCUAGUCGGUGCAAACUCCAAAUAUUACACCUGGACGCGCUGGGGUCGAGUUGGGGAGCGUGGGCAGUCAGCCUGUCUCGGAGAUGGCGGUUUAGCGUACGCGAUGGAACAGUAUGAGAAGAAGUUCAAAGACAAGUCAGGCCUCAGAUGGGAGAACCGGCUCAGUACUCCUAAGCACGGGAAGUAUACUUUCCUUGAGCGCAACUAUGAAGAGGACGACGAAGGCGAAGAGCCUGUGAAAAAGGAGAAGACUAUCAAGGAAGAAGAAGACGAGCCCAUGACCCAGAGCGCCUUGUCCAAGGGGCUUCAAAACCUCAUGUCCUUCAUCUUCAAUCGACAAAAUGUUCUCGACACAUUAGCUGCAAUGUCAUACGAUGCCAACAAGCUGCCACUUGGAAAGCUGAGCGACAGGACUUUGAAAAGUGGAUUUUUGGUUUUGAAGGAGAUAUCCGAGCUCAUGACUACACCCGAGGUGGCACAAGAACGAUAUGGCCUGUUGUUUGAUGAUGCCAUAGAGACAUUGAGCAACCGGUAUUUCACCUUGAUUCCUCAUGUCUUUGGUCGCCAUCGGCCCCCGACCUUGAACACAAAUUCGCAGAUCAAGAAGGAAAUCGAUCUGCUGGAGGCACUGACGGACAUGGACGUGGCGAAUGAAAUCAUGGUAUCGUCUAAGCAAGACAAUGACAUCCACCCACUGGAUCGCCAGUUCCAGAGUCUGGGUAUGAAGGAGAUGACCGAAUUGGACCCCAAGUCAACCGAGUUCACAGAACUCGAGAGCUACCUCCAGAACUCACGCGGCGAGACACACGACAUGAGCUACAAGGUAGUGAACAUUUUCCGCAUCGAACGCCAAGGCGAAAACGACCGCUUCAACGCAUCCCCCUACGCCAACAUCCCAAACAGCGACCGCCGCCUCCUCUGGCACGGAUCCCGUAGUACAAACUUCGGUGGUAUCCUCAGCCAAGGAUUGCGUAUCGCCCCCCCCGAAGCACCCGUCAACGGCUACAUGUUCGGCAAGGGUGUUUAUCUAGCAGAUAUCUCCAGCAAAUCCGCAAACUACUGUUGUCCCUACAACAGUAGCGGAAUGGGGCUGCUUCUUCUCUGCGAUGCGGAGCUCGGUGCGCCCAUGCUGGAGCUUGACGGAGCCAGCUACAAUGCUGGGGAGGAAGCGCUAGCUGCUGGCAAGAUUGCGACGCUCGGCAGGGGUUCGAACAUUCCUGGUGGGUGGAAGGAUUCGGCAUGUUUGAAUCCGACCUUGGCGGGUGUGAAGAUGCCUGAUGUAGCCGUUGGGGGUGUCAAGGGCAAACAAUACGGGGGACUGUGGUACAAUGAGUACAUUGUGUAUGAUGUUGCACAGAUCCGACAGCGUUAUUUGUUCCAGGUUAAGAUGAGCUGA